CACAAUUCCAGGAAAUCAGCACAGUUUCAUUUCUUGUGAAAUCGUCAGUCUCUCUGUCUCACUGCAGCAAGAUGGCUUCAAAAGUAUGGUCAGAGGAUCGGUUCAGCUGUCCAGUAUGUCUGGAGCUAUUGAAGGACCCAGUCGCUAUUCCAUGUGGACACAGUUACUGUAUGGGGUGUAUUAAGAACUGCUGGGAUCAGACUGAUCAUACAGGUGUCUACAGCUGCCCCCAGUGCAGAGAGACCUUUACCCCAAGGCCUGAUCUGUGCAGAAACACCAUGCUGGCUGAAGUUGUGGAGGAAUUAAAGAAGACAGGACUCAAUCCUCCUCCUGCUCAAAGUUAUGCUGGACCUGGAGAUGUGCCGUGUGAUUUCUGCACUGGGAGAAAGUUCAAAGCUGUGAAAUCCUGUUUGACGUGCCUGGCCUCUUACUGUGAAACACACGUCAAGCCACACUAUGAGGGGGCUGCUUUCAAGAGGCACAAGCUGAUCAAUGCAAUUGGAGAUCUGGAGCAGAAGCUUUGUGCUGAACACCAACGAGUUUUAGAGGUCUUCUGUCGAACAGAUCAGACGUGUAUUUGCUGGUUGUGUACAGACAGGGAACACAAGAGCCAUAAUACAGUCUCAGCUGAGACAGAAAGGACUGGGAAACAGAAACAGCUGGGAGAGACACAGACAGAAAUACAACAGAGAAUCCAGGAGAGACUGAAAGAAACUGAUGAGAUGAAAAAGGCUGUGGAGUCACUGAAAAGAUCUGCAUGCAUAGAAAUAAAGGAAAGUGAGAAGAUCUUUACUGAGCUGAUCCGAUCCAUUGAGAAGAUCCACACUGAGGUUAUUGAGCUGAUUGGAGCUAACGAGAAGGCUGCAGUGAAUCAGGCUGAAGGACGCAUGAAGAAACUGGAGCAGGAGAUUGCUGAGCUAAGGAGGAGAAACGCUGAGCUGAAACAGCUUUCAGAGACAGAGGAUCACAUCCAUUUUCUAAAGAAUUUCCAGUCUCUCUGUGCCCCUCCUGAAGCUGGAGACUUACCCAGCGUUACUGUCAAUACAGACAUCUCUUUUGGGGCUGUGAGGAAAGCUGUAUCUGAACUUAAAGACCAUAUUGAGGACUUCUGCAAGGGGGAAUUAGUCAAAAUAACCAAAACAGUGAAUAAAGUUGCAGUUUACAGUCUGCAGGCUCCAGCGCCAAGGAACAGAGCUGAGUUUUUAAAAUUGAAUAAAGUUGCAGAUUACAGACUGCAGGCUCCAGAGCCAAGGAACAGAGCUGAGUUUUUAAAAUAUUCCUGUCAGCUCACACUGGACCCCAACACAGCGAAUAGAAACCUCUGUCUGUCUGAAGGGAACAGAAAGGUGACAUGGAGGAGAGAGACCCAGAGAUAUCCUGAUCACUCAGAGAGAUUUGAGAGCCAGCCCCAAGUGCUUUGCAGAGAGGGUUUGUCUGGGACUCGCUGUUACUGGGAGAUUGAGUGCAGUGGGGGAGGGGCUGAUAUAGGAGUCACAUAUAAAGGAAUCAGCAGGAAAGGAGGGGAUCGUUCCUGUGGCCUUGGAUUCAAUGACAAGUCCUGGAGUGUGUACUGCUCUGAUUCCAGUUACACUGCCCGGCACAAUAACAAUGAAACUGCAAUAACUGCCCCCCGCUACCCAAGAAUAGGAGUGUAUCUGGACUUUAAUGCCGGCACGCUGUCCUUUUAUGGCGUCUCUGACACAAUGACCCUCCUGCACAGAUUCCAAACCACAUUCACUGAGCCGCUCUAUCCUGGGUUUUGGGUUUGGGGUUCUGAUUCCUCUGUAACAAUCUGCCAGCUGAACUAGACUGUUUUGUGUUGUAAGAAACCCUUUGUAUUGAACUCCCUGUCUGUCCUCUCCACUCCUCGGGUGAAGGGAAUGUUCAAUCUGACACAACUUUGGAUGAAAGUUAGGGGGUAAAACGGCGCCACCUGCAGAGCGAAACGAGGGGAAUUAUUUGUUUUUAGCAACAAAUGGAUUUCAUACGAAAUAACUGUAUUUAAUUUAUUUUUUUAAGAAUUGUUAUGUUUUAUAUAUAUUUUAGAAAAUGGCAUUCAAUACUCAGUGCUGUAACAGUUUUUUAAAAAAAGUGAACUUAAGUUUGCUUUAUUGUGUGUGUGUUUUUGUUGUUUGAUUUCCAUAAAAUGUUUAAUAUUUCAGAUUUUAGUAAUGUGAUUUAAUAAAGAAAAAAAGUGAUUAACUAAAUUUU